UUGAGUAGGACGUAAAUUUCGCUUACUCGUGAAAACGGUCUAUUGACCAUACAAUGAUAUGUUUACAUUACAAAGUCAUUUAGAUACAUUUCUAUACGCAUAUUUUAUUUUACAUAUAUUAACGUGUUUGAUCUCUUUAUAUUACAUUGGGAUAUAAUGGUCUCUUUAUAUUACAUUGGGAUAUAAAAGAUAUAAAUGAUGAUAUUCCUCUUAUCAACAAAGGACAGACGUGUAAAAUGACAGAGAAACAUCGUGAUUAACAAUGGCGAUUUGGGAAUAGUAGACAAUGACUUUGGUAAUCAGAAACACUAUAUGAUGGCUACAUCAGUGCCGACUGAGCAGACUUCUAAAUUCUUCAACUGGAUAAAGGCCGCACUAGCUGUUUUAUUCACUAAAGAAGAAGUAGAGCAAGUUGUUGUUAAUGAAGUCAAAGAUUUCCAGCAGAACUGUCUACAUACUAUUUCCACAUUAAACAGCCUACCAGCCGGAAGCACCUGUUCAAACUGCUGUACGGAAAAUCUGAUUGUUUGUCCAACAAACAGAAUUUGCAACGCAAAACGAGGAAAAUGCAGUUACCAUAAAAACGCUGCAACAAAGUAUCGCCCAUCUGGCUGCCCGAAUAAAAUUUGUCAUCAUUUAAAAUCUGAGAUUCAAAGCGCACAUCGAUAUCAUGGUCCGUCAUAUAAAAAUACGGACGCAACCAAAUGGUGCAGCAAUGCCUGGGAAAUUGCCAAAUGUUAUCUCCCGCCAGACGGAUACAAGGAUGUAUCGAACGCUGCAGAGACUGAUUUUAAUGGCAUCAUUAGUGUCAUUAUUAAUCACAAAGGAUUUGAGGCAAAAAUAAAAGACGACUUGUCCAAGAAGAAUAAUAUAUUUGACAAGGGUAGAGAUGUUGGUAGAGCUGUCAGACAUUCUCCUAAUCUGGAGGUCGAGGAUACAGAUCUAACACAGUAUUUUUCCAUUUUAAACAACAUUUUGACCGAUCCUGGAUUCGUAGCAAUGAAUAAAUCAGCAAACAAUGCAAUUCAGAAAUUGGCGAAGCUUCAAAGUGACGAUUUGGUCAUUGGAAAAGACGUUGUACGUAAGGUUUUGGACGAUUUGGGAAAAACAAUUCAGGAACAAAUAAGAAAUGAGAUGGAUGAGUACAAACAGAAGACUAAAGAAAAGAAAUUAGAGCUGAUUAACAUUAUAAACCUGAAAAUAAAAGAUAUAGAAGAGAAGGGAAAUGUUUCACUUGCCAAGCUGAAUGGUGCAGUGAAAUUGUCCAUUGAUGCUUUUGAGGCUAAGGUGAAAGAAUCUAUUCAAGAGAUUGACAGUCAGACAAGGAAAGGAAAAGAAACCAUUGAAAUUGUUACCAAUUAUGGCGUUCAAAAUGUCAACAAAGAAAAAGAAAGUGCAAUAAAGGAGAUACAAAAAGCUGCAGAAAAAACAAGAAGUAACGAUGCGAAUGCUAAGAUCUCUGAGGAUACUUAUCAAAAGAAGAAAGAAGAGCUCAAAGAUGGUUUAAUUGAUUUCUACAAAACGAGACACAGUAGAGUUUUCCUGUCGCCCCUUUUCGAAGAAAAUGACACACCUUUGGACUCUUUCUACAUAAGACCUGAAUUGAACCUAAUAAUCUCAGCACAGACGAGAAAUGUCGAAAAAAGACGAGUCAUAUCGUUAUCGGCGAUGCUUAAAACCGGAAAUCAAGCUAACCAAGAAAUACAUGUUAUUGCUGAUGCUGGUCUCGGAAAAAGUGCAUUUUCAAACUAUCUGGCGAUCACGUGGUGUCAAGCUCAUUUUCCAGAUGAAAACAUGUCUUUUGAAAAGGAUGAUAUAGACUGUAUGCAGGGAUUUGAUUUCUUAUUUCUGGUCUUACUGCGAGAUUCGAACAAUUUAUGUUCUAUAGAUGAUCUCAUAUUUAGAAAUAUUGUUUCAAAUUUGGGUCUAGAAGAAAAGCCUUCCGAGGAUUUUCUCCUUAAAAUUUUGAAAAAUGAGAAAUGCCUCGUUAUACUUGAUGGACUUGAUGAAUGGACCCAUCCCGAAAAGGAAUGUCACAGAUCGCCGCGAUCAUUCCCUCAUAGGAAUGACCGAAAGAAAUGUACAAUACUGACCACUACGCGACCAUGGAAAUUAGGAGUUUUAAAUCUAAAUUCGUGUCAAAUUGGGAAAAAGGUAGAACUUACAAAACUAAGUUACGACUCAGCAGUUACACUUACAGAAAGGAUAUUACAAAGAUUGAAAUCUCACCCGAAUAAGGAUGCAUUACAAAGUGAUGUCACAGUGUUCAUAUCAGAUAUCAAACGCAGACAAAAUGAUGAACUUACCUCUGUGCCUCUACUAUUGAUAUAUACAAUUUGUUUGUGGUGUGACGAUGUUCAAAUAGGAAAUUCCAAAUGUGAACUCUAUAUAAACAUAGUAGAGCUGCUCUUAUCAAGAACGAUUCAGAAGCAUGGAGAUUUUCAACAAUUGCGUGACCUUUCUGAUAGUGACAUCCCAGAAUGCUUUGCUGAAUAUGAAAACUGUACGAAAUACUACCCACUCCUUAUGUGUUUGGGGAAAUUGGCUUAUUAUACAUUAUUCAAUGAAACAAGAGAAAACACGCUCGUAUUUGAUGGAUCUGUUGCUAAAAGAUAUCUCUCAGCAGACCAGAUGAAAUUCACCAUUCACUCAGGAAUUUUGUCAGAAAGUACAUCUAAAUCAUUAACAAGAAAGUUUACUAAAGUAUCAUUUUCUCACAAAACAGUUCAGGAAUUCUUUGCUGCAAUAUUUAUAAGUUCUGAAAAUGAGGCUCAGAAAAUUGUUGUAGAAAAAUGUAGAAAUGUUCAAGACAUUCUAGACAUGUCAAACAUUUGUGAAUUUAUAAGUAAAAUGAAUGCUGACCUGGUGUGUGAAAUAUCAAAAGAUUUGAUGUCUGUGAUAAAUAAAGACGAGAAAACAUUACGCUAUAGAAAUAAGACAGGUGACGAGAGCUCCGUGUACAAUACUCCAUUGUAUAACAUACAGAAAAUGUUCAUGUCGUGUUUACAAGAAAUGCCUGAAAGUGAAAAUAUUGAAUCAUGUUUACAAGAUUUUUUCAUUGACCAGUACACCGUGGACAGUGAUCAGUUAAAACGUUUGUUAAAACAAAAUAAAACCAGCAUAAACUCACUUUAUAUAAAAACCAGUCCUCGUUCCAGAAGUUUACGUGAAAUUAUAGAUUUAUUCUCUAUCACAGAUCUCAGUCAUAUACAGACAUUUAACUAUAGUGGUGGCAGCAAUGAGAAGGAGGCUGAGAUAUCCCGGAUAUUGUUUCCCAGUUUGCAGUACCUAACUUUGCAGUAUGGUAAAUGGACAAAUGAUGAAGACAAUCUGAGUGAAAAUUUAGCGCGAUGUCAAAACUUACAUUAUUUAGAUAUUAGACACUUCAUGUUAUCUCACAAAAUACUGGAACCAUUUUUCAAUUUUAUCUCCGGUCAAAAAUCAAUGAAAGAGUUAAGAUUGGAGUGGUUAUUAUGUAAAGAACAUGGCUACCAUGAUUGCAAGAGAUUGCACUUGGACUUUUCUCAACAUUCAACUCUAUCAAAGUUACAUUUGCAGAAGUUACCUUGGAGGCUACAAUUAAAUAUAACAACACCGUCAUUAGUUAAUGUUGUGUUGCUGGGCAUCAAUCUAGAUGAAAGUUCAUUGUUACUGUCGCGUGACAUGUUGAAUAUUAAACGUGUGUUGUUGUACUUUAUAGAAAUGCCUGCAGGAAGUUUACAGAACUUCAUUACCGUCCUGGAAAGUCUACCGCAGUCAGUUACAGUAGAGAUGGCCGCCAUCAAACCGGAAACAGAAUAUGAACUUUUUAGAGAAAAUAUUCGGAAAUCACAAAUUUUUCAUGUGAUAGAAGACUACGACUGUUUUGAGUUCAAAACAAGGAGACCAAGUAAAGAAUAAACAAAGGAAAAACAUUGUAAAAUAAACUGAAGAAAUGACUUCAAUAAUUUUAAAUGAAAACAAUUUAAAGAUGGACACUUAAAAAACAAAAUAGCAACUUCGUCUACGUUAUAAGUACAUGUACUGUAUAGUUUGGUCUUUUAAUUUUCAAACAUUUAUUUCUGUUUAAAGUUUAAUUAAGUGACAGUUGUUUAAAAAUAAUUAAAUAAAAACAUUUUUAAGAAUAGAAAAAAUUCAAGGAAGUUUUUUUACUGGAAUUUAAUGGAUACAGUAAAACUUGGAAUUAGGAUUGAGUGUGAUGGAGCACCACACUAAAUACCGUAUUCCGGUAUAUACCGGACAAGACGCUUGAAUGAUAAAAUGCUAAACUUUUGCCUUUUCACCCAACGGAAUGAACUUUAAAAGGUCUAAUUCAUCUUUUCACACCGAUUUAUGUAUGAUAAUGCAUGAAAAAUGAUAUAUAAAAACCGGCGAAAAAAACGAUAUUUGUCUAUUUUGUGAUCAUGAUUUCUGCAAGCUUCUAAAGGUACUGCUCCAAUCCUGUAGUGAGUUAAAUCUAUUAGGAUUUGGAAAUAUUUCACAGUGGCCUUGGAUCAAAAUUUCAGAUUCUUUGUUGUGCAGAAUCUCCCGUGACAUUUUAUACGGAGCAUUGUGUGAUGAUAGAUCAAUUUGAAGAUAUGUAUUUGAGCAACUUCCUCUUGUCUUGAAAAUCAGCUAUAAUAAAUCUACAGGGACAAUGAGGACAAUCACAACUGUUUGGCUUUUUAUCCAUCAAUCUCCGGAUGAUUAUCAGUGAAAUGUUCUGAAUGACAAAGAUUUUAAAGUUCUUAAAUAGUUCAAUGUUAUGAUUUCACACCUGAUACCUGGCUGUUCGGGGGACAUAUGUCAAAUAAAUAUGUGAUUACGGCAGCAGAAAAAUCCCCAAACGAUCAUUACUUGCCAAUACAUUGAAUAACUUUCUGGUUCCUGGCUUAAUGGAAGGAAACAUAAUAGAAAACUUUUUCCAUUACACAGUUAUCUCGUAUCUGUUUUGUACAAUUAGAAUUUGAAUCUUAAUAACAAUUACACCAAGACCACUGUCAAAUAUUUCAGUCCUUCGAAAAAAUUUUUUAUGUAAAAAAGGUAUUGUUAAAUAAUUUAAUUUAUUAAUUAGAUAUACGGUACAUGUAUAAAUCUGUUUAUGCAAUUUAAGAAUGAUAUUAUAUAACAAGAAUUGUUAAGUAUUUUUUUAUUAAAGGCCCAUUAUGCUUCAGAAAUUAUGUCAGUUUUAUUUAAUUUUUGAAAACAGUUUCCAAACAUAAACCCUUUUGCCAUAUACAUCAUUUAAAAAUAGUGAUGCUGAUUUUGUUUUGUUUUGGCAAUUUGUAUAAUAAAAGUGAAUCAAAAUUAGUAUGGAAGUCAAAAUACUACUUAAAGUGUAAUGCCCCCUUCGAAGAAGAGGGGGUUUAUUGUUUUGCUAAUGUCUGUCUGAUUGUCUGUCCGUCGGUAGACCACAUAGUGUCCGCUGAAUAUCUUGACAACUGUUUAUCACAGAGUCUUCAUAUUUCACAUAGUGAUUGGGCAUAACUAGUUGAUGACCCCUAUUGGUUUAGGGUCACUUGGUCAAGGUCACCGGGGCCUUAAAUGUCAAAAUGGUUUCUGCUGAUUAUCUGGAAAAGCAUUUACCACAAAUUCGUCAUAUUUUACUUAGUGAUUGGUCAUAACUAGUACAUAACUCCUAUUAAUUUUGGAGUCACUAGGUCAAGGUCACAGGAGCCAUAAAUGUCAGAAUGGUUUCCGUUGAUUAUCUUGAAAAGUAUUCAUCACAAAGUCUUCAUAUUUCAUUAUUGAUUGGUCAUAACUAGUAAAUGACCCCUAUUGAUUUUAGGGUGACUAGGUCAAAGUUCUAGGUCACAGGGGCCUUGAAUGGUAGUAUGAUUUCUGCUUAUUAUCUUGAAAACUAUUUAUCACAAAGUCUUCAUAGUUCACAUAGUGAUUGGUAAUAACCAACAGGUAUUGAUUUUGGGAUCACUAGGUCAAAGAUCAAGGUCACAGAGGCCUUAAAUGUCAGAAUAGUUUCCGCGUAUUAUCUUGACAUCUAUUUAUCACAAAUUCUUCAUAUUUAACAUACUGAUUGGUCAUAACUAAUAAGUGACCUCUUUUGAUUUUGGGGUCACUAGGUCAAAGGUCAAGGUCACAGGGUUCUUGAAUGUUAGUAUGGUUUCCGCUCAUUAUCUUGAAAGCCAUUUAUCACAAAGUCUUCAUAUUUCUAAUAUUGAUUGGUCAUAACAAUUAGAUGACCACAUUUGGGGGUUUGGGUCACUAGUUCAAAGGUCAAGGUCACAGGGGCCUUACAUGUCUCAUUAUCUUGCAAACUAUUUAUCACAAAGUCUUCAUUAUUUUGCUUUUUCCAUAAUUGAACACUUCCAUGUACCCAUUUAUGGCAAGUUUCUAUAACAAAUUACCAAUAAUAUUAGUCAAGGGCUAGAAAAGGGGGCAUAUAUGUCGUUCGACAUUUCUUGUUUACAAUUUGUUACUUUUAUUACACAUUACUGCAGGUUCAGUGCUAUUUUCACUUGUUAAACAUCUAACAUGCUCUUUAAACAUUAUCAAAACAAUAUCUAAGAAAUGCUUGACUUUCCUAGAGAAUGUUUUUUUCUGAGGCAUAAUGUGCCUCGUUAGUAUAGCGCAGUGUUUGUUGCGUAAGGGGGUUGCGUUCAUUGAACGCCGCCUUUCCUUGCAUAUUUUGUUAAUUUGCCUCAAGAGUAUUACAAAUGUAUUGUUUUGUAAACAGUUUUUGAAGUGUGUAUGAUAUUUACAGAUUUGUGUUUUUACAGCUUCGCUCUUCUUUGUAAUAAUUUAGUUUUCUGAACAAACAUUCAUGUAAAUUGUUUUUAUUUUUGUGAUACACGGAAAUUAUGUAUAUGAAGAUACAAUAUAAUUCAUAAUGAUUUUGAAAGGUUAUAUUGCCCAGUAUAACAUGCUUAAAGUACAUAACCCGAGUCACCAAAUGAUGGUUAUAUAACAAACAACAUUUUAUGCACGGCCAUAUAACAUUUUAUAUGUCUUUAUAACCAAAUAAUAAUAUUGCUAUCUUGCUCCCUUUGCUUUGAAACAAUUAAUGGUAAUAUGCAUUUGCCGGGUAUAUUUUUAGUUAUAAAGAUUCUGAAUUUGUUACGGCUGUUUGCACAUAUAACCUGAGCUGAUAGGUGAAGAUUAUAUUGCUUACAACUGUUUAAAUAUGGCCAUAUAACCUAUAAGUAAUCUGAUAAUGAAUUUAUAAUACAGCAAAGUACCUUCAUUACAGAAAAUAAAUAGUUCAUAAAUUGACAGAGAGGUGUAUAUGGUCUAUAUAAACGUCAUGAUCAUCCAAGGAAAAGUGACGUUUCAAGCAUGCAAUAUUAUUUCAUUAAACUGUAUAUUUGAGUUACCAUUGUAUUUUAGCUAGUGUAUGUUUAAUUUUAUUUGUAAAUAGUCAUUGUGUGUGGAGUGAUGUCUUUUUAAAGCUGAAUGUCUCCUAGAUAAGGACUACUUUAGAAUAUUGUACAAUUUUGAUAUAAAUUUGAUAACAAUAUUAGCAGACUUGAGUAUUUUAAUGACAAUACAUAGUGCAAUUUUGAACAAACGCAAUUUAUAUCAAAUUGCACACUUUUUCUAAUCUGUACAUAAUAUGUGUGAUGGAUAGAUGUGAUAGGAAUAACAUGCAUUUCAAGCAGCUUCCUUUUGAUUCAUGAUAUUUUUCAUGAAAAUUUUGAAAUUGUAUUUAAAAGUUAAAUAUUGUGAAGUGAAAAAAGUAAUUGACACAUUGCAAACAGUGCCUAUAAUUCAUGUAAAUUACCAUUACUUAUGUUAGUAACGAAACAAAAGUAUGUUGAUGUAUUCUGUACUUAAAUUAGUCAGUAAUCAUACAAAACAUGUAAAUUAUUAAUUGAAUCUUAAAUCUUUUUACUUUUCUUAAAAUCUUGGAACAUUUCCUCAAGUUUGAUUUUAUUGAAAUAUUUUAGCUCAUCUAUUAUUAUAUUUUCACAAAACAUGAUGAAAUUCCAUAUAUUUUCACGAGCCAGAAAGGUGAGUGAAAUAUAUAGAAUUUUAUCAUGUUAAGUGCAAACAUUUUCUAUAUUUCACGAAAAAAAAAACCUUUUUAUUUAGUUUUUCCUUCAAGAAUAAAAGUUGUUUACGAAUACACCUAUUUGCCAUGCAGUUGCAAUUGUACGGGUCGCAGGCAUGCAUUGAUUAUCUAUAGGUGCAUAAAGCGGUUCGAAUUCAAUACACAAUUUAUCACAGCCAUUAAACCGUCUUGGAAAGAAGAAAAAAAAACAUUGCAAAAGUGAAGCAUCUGAAAAAGUAGUCCUAAACAUAAAUAUGAGUUUUGACUUCACCCACUUUUAUAUUCAUUUCUCAUAUUUGUAUUUUCACAAAAAUGAUAUGUAUGUUUAGCUGAUAUAGCACAAUAUUUUAUGGGUUGAAUUAAAUAAAUUCUUUUAUUUUUCCUUAUAAUGGAAAUUAUUAUAGCGACACGCCUCCAGGUGUUUAUAUUAAUUAACCCUUUAAAAAGGCCCUCAAUUUUAUCUGGAGCGUAAUACUUAAUGUUUUUGAAAUAGUUGUAUAUAUUAAUUUUUUGAAACUUCAAUGGUUGAUGUAAUUCAUUGAGAAAAAGUGCAGUACACAAAAAGGAUAUUUUUUUAGUUAUUGUUCCUAUUGUUUUGAAAGUUUCAAAGUUUAUCUUCUUUGUAUAACGCAAAAUUGUAUUUGAGAUGUAAACUGGAAACUUCGAAAAAAAGUUUUGUUCUGUUGUCGUCAUGUGUAGUGUGUCUUCUUUUUUAGAACUCAAAAUGUAUUUGAGGUAUAGACUUGAAACUUUAAUGUUGAUUUUUGUUUUGAAAGUGUCCUUUGUUUCCAUUUAUAGUUUGUUUUCUUUGUAUAAAACAAAAUGUAUUUGAGAUAUGUGAAAAAAAUGUUAUUCAGGAGGAGUUUAUUCUGCAAGAAUGAUAAUUUACAAUUUGUAUUUUAAUGGGUUAUUGCACUUUUUCAUGCUUUAUCAUUUUGUUAUCAUUUUCAUGUUUAAUUGUUGUAAUGUUUCUCUUUUGCAUAAUUUUUGUCCAGAACUUAAUUUAUCAAAGCUUUAGGGUUGGGUUAUUCAUUUGAAACAAUUGAAUGAUUAUGCAGUUGACAAGAAUGUCAACUCUCCAUUUGAUAAUAUGAAUACUUUAUAUAUCUUUUUGUCAAUAACUCAAAACGUUAUUGAAAUAUAACAGCUUGAAUUUUUAUGGAUGAAUAUCUUUCAUACUAGUAAUUAAAAUAGAGAAAAACAGAAUCCUUAAAGAACGCCCAAAAAGACAAAACUGAAAACAACAAAUGUUGCAGGAUCGGAGCUUUUAAGUUUAAAGCCCUUUCACAUGUAUUUGAAUGUCAAUGCCCCAUUUUUUUCUUUCAAAAUGUUCUCCCGAGUGAAGAAAAUUUAAGUCUGCUAUGACCGCCUUUUGUAUAUUUUUGUGUAAAUUACAUGCUUUUUAAUGGUUUACAGUUAGUUUUUCCAUGUGUUUUUUCAAUUUGUCAAUCCAAUGAUGACAUCAAAAUAUUAUUAUUCAUUUUUUUAUUAGACAUCAGUUGCAAUAACUUUUUAGAUAAUAAUCUAAUUAGAAAUAAAAACAUUUGAAUACAUAAAAAUAAUAUAUAUGUAUAAAACAUUGUACUCAUUUAAUUCGACAAUUUAAGGGCGGUAUAUAGUAAUCGCACUGUCUGUUUGAUAAUCUUGUCCACGCUUCAUCUCAAAAACCGAUGAGGGUUUUAAAUGAAACUUCACAGGAUUGUGCAUAGUAUCUUGAUUUUUGAGUAAAUUAUUUUUGUCCGUCGUUCAUCUCCAUACUUCUUGGGAAAUUUCAGUGAAAAUUUAUAUAAUUGUUUGCAUUGUGCCAUGAUUUUGUGCAUGAUAUUUUUCCACAGUUAUGUACCAUUGAUGAUGAAUUUUUACAGUAAAAUUUGUUUAUAGAGUAUUUCUCCUACACUUCUUAUGGAAUUUCAGUUAAGUUUUGGGAAUGGUAUUUUUCAAAGGUGGUCAGGGAUAUUUUACCGGUACUUUGUCAUAUAUUUCAGAUUUAUGUCAAAGUUUCCUUUCGGAGGCAUAAGUCACUUUUCAGCGACAGCUCUUGUUUAAACUAAAACUACUAAUUUUCAAGUUAUGAUUACUCUUAAGUAGAUAUUUAUGUUUCAAGAAUAAUAAAAAUAUAACCGUAAAUUUCAUCAAUGGAUUUGUCCAGCUACCUUUUAGACAAGUCCAUAUUGAGUUUUUGGUAUUUAUAAAUGAAACUACGCGUCAUUUGCCCCUACUGCUGUGGGUUUGAGUCCCACCACGGACUAUGUAUUCUUGUGGUAAGGAUGCUAUCCAGCUUGCUUACAGAACGUUGGUGGCUUUACUAAGGUAUUUGUUUGUGUCUGCAAUAAUGUUCGGAGGGCACUUGAUGACUUACUUCACAAUAAAAGCUUAAAAUUCCCCAUUAUGACAUCAGUGUUGGCGCAAUGCAAAACCCGAUACAAAAAAAUGUCUGUCAUCCAACAGUAUAGAGCCUGGUCAUACUUCAGGGAUGUGCAAGCUGGCCUGGCUCUGUACUGGUAGCCAAGAUUUAUCACUCAUUUUUAUGAGAUAACUAUAGCUGUAAGAUAACUUGAUCAUGUCAUUGUUUUACACUGUAAAUAUUAUAAAUUAUUUCACCAAGAUAUAUACCUAUAUUAUAUUGUUAUUUGUAAACUGUAAAUAUUAGACAUUAUCACAUACCGAUUUUGCGACUCCGUAAAAACAGAAGUGCACGGCCGUGCAUAUAUUUUGACGUGUCGUCAUUUGCGUUAUAUAAGCAUAGCGUUAAGAUGCGCUAAAUGUUAGCAUUUUAAUAUUGGCGCGUCCAUAAUAUUAAAUUCGUGUACGGUCAUUACUAAAUUUAUUGAACUCGUUGAAUAAAAUAUUGUUAUACUCGCCAGAGGCUCGCAUUAUAUAAUUCUAUUCAACUCGUACAAUAAAUUCAGUACUAAACUUACACUCAUUCAAUAUCCUAUAUUUAUUUUACCAUGGAAGAUAACCAUAUCAUGUCAUUUUUUUAUUUAAUGAUGAUACUGUAAGAACUGAAUUAAGCAAUUGGAAUAUGUUAACAACAUAUUCCAUUGUUUAAUAAUUAAUGUUCAGUACUUAUAAAAUAUUGUUUUCAAUAUAUUUUAUGAUAAUAAAAUUAUGUAACAGA